AGCUUGCUUGGGGGUCUGGUACUGGCUUUCAUGAAUCUGGACAACAGGAUUCCAGCUUCAGACAGUAAAGUCAUGACAUGUGCGGCUGUGUGGAGGAUGCCGAAGGAAUUGGAAUCAGGCAGUCAUGAAUCCCCUGAUGAUUCAUCAAGCACUACUCAGACCCUGGAGCUACUCUGUCACCUUGACAACACAGCCCAUGGCAACAUGGCCUGUGUUACAUGGGAGCCAAUGGGCGAUGGAAAAAAGAUCAUUUCUUUGGCUGAUAAUCACUUGCUAUUGUGGGAUUUACAAGAAAGCUCAAGCCAAGCUGUGUUGUCCAGUUCUACAGCCUUAGAAGGGAAAGGUCAGUUGAAGUUUACUUCUGGUAGAUGGAGCCCACAUCACAACUGCACCCAAGUUGCAACAGCCAAUGACACUGCCAUACGGGGUUGGGACACUCGAAGUAUGAGCCAGAUAUAUUGCAUAGAGAAUGCCCAUGGACAGCUGGUAAGGGACCUUGACUUUAAUCCCAAUAAACAAUACUACCUGGCUAGUUGUGGAGAUGACUGCAAGGUGAAAUUUUGGGACACUAGAAAUGUUGGUGAACCUGUGAAGACACUUGAUGAGCAUUCCCACUGGGUAUGGAAUGUGCGCUAUAACCACUCUCAUGACCAGCUGAUCCUCACGGGCAGCAGUGACAGCAGAGUCAUUCUUUCAAACAUGGUGUCGAUUUCCUCCGAACCUUUUGGUCAUUUGGUAGAUGAAGAUGAUCUUAGUGAUCAGGAAGAACACCAUCAGGAAGAGAAGAGCAAAGAGCCAUUGCCUGACAGUGUCAUUGCCACCUAUGAAGAGCAUGAAGACAGCGUCUAUGCAGUGGAGUGGUCUUCAGCGGACCCCUGGCUUUUUGCCUCUUUGAGUUAUGAUGGAAGACUUGUUAUUAACAGGGUUCCCAGGGCUCUUAAAUAUCACAUAUUACUCUAAUUCAUUUGGAUGCCAUUCCUGAUUCAUCCUCUUGGCAUAUCUGUGAGAAUUUGCAGUAUUUUGGAGGUAAUUAGUUUUCCAAAUAGAUCUCCCUCUAGGAGAACCCAUAUUGCCUUCUUUUAAUGUAAACAUUUAUAAAUAAUAGUAAAACCAUUCACCAACUAACUAUAUAAACUGACACUUAAAAAAAGUUUUCUCCUUUUUCUAUUGAAAGUGGAAAGUGACAUCUUUGAAAAAUACACUGAAAAUAUUGGGGGGCAGCAGUUUACCUAUCCCAUUUCAAUUAAAAAAAGGAGUUCCUGUCUAAUCACUGCUAUUUGUUUUUUGUUUGUUUCAAAAGAUAAUGUAAGGUUCAUGAAGAUAUGGAAAUUUUUUUAUUCCUAUUUCUAUACAAAUAACCUUGUCUUUCUCUGGAGUAAUCAUCAUCACAAUAAUAAACAAGGUCAUGUUUCA